CUGUCGGCCACUGGGCUCUUCUUCUAUUUCUCUAUCUUAUUUUUCAGCUUGGCAGCAUCCCAGCAAGCUGCAGCACGGAAAGCUGCCUCCCCAAUGCCCCCUUCAGAAUUCUUGGACAAACUCAUGGGGAAAGUGUCUGGGUACGACGCAAGAAUCAGACCUAAUUUUAAAGACCCACAAGGCCCCAAAUCGGAUGGUACUCACAAGAAAGGUCCACCUGUGAAUGUAACAUGCAACAUUUUUAUUAACAGUUUUGGAUCCAUUGCUGAAACAACAAUGGAUUAUAGGGUGAACAUUUUCCUGAGACAGGAGUGGAAUGACCCUCGACUGGCUUACAGUGAAUACCCUGAUGACUCCCUUGACCUUGACCCCUCCAUGUUGGACUCCAUUUGGAAGCCAGAUUUGUUCUUUGCCAAUGAAAAGGGCGCCAAUUUCCAUGAGGUUACCACUGACAACAAGCUGCUGAGGAUCUCUAAAAAUGGGAACGUUUUGUAUAGCAUAAGGAUAACGCUGGUUCUGGCCUGUCCCAUGGACCUGAAGAAUUUCCCGAUGGACGUGCAGACUUGUAUAAUGCAGCUGGAGAGCUUCGGUUACACGAUGAACGAUCUGAUAUUUGAGUGGGACGAAAAAGGUGCUGUGCAGGUGGCUGAUGGACUAACGUUACCUCAGUUUAUCCUGAAGGAGGAGAAAGAUUUACGCUACUGCACCAAACACUACAACACAGGGAAGUUCACGUGCAUCGAGGCCCGCUUCCAUCUGGAGAGGCAGAUGGGCUACUACCUGAUUCAGAUGUACAUCCCCAGUCUGCUAAUCGUCAUCCUGUCCUGGGUGUCCUUCUGGAUCAACAUGGAUGCUGCUCCUGCUCGUGUGGGCCUGGGCAUCACCACGGUGCUCACCAUGACAACGCAGAGCUCAGGCUCCAGAGCCUCUCUGCCAAAGGUCUCCUAUGUGAAGGCCAUUGACAUCUGGAUGGCUGUGUGCCUGCUGUUCGUCUUCUCAGCUCUGCUGGAGUAUGCUGCCGUCAACUUCAUCGCUCGCCAGCACAAAGAGCUGCUGCGCUUUCAGAGGAGGAGACGACACCUAAAGGAGGAGGAAGCAGGUGAAGGGCGCUUCAGCUUUGCCGCCUACGGCAUGGGCCCUGCGUGUCUGCAGGCCAAAGACGGCAUGGCCAUCAAGGGCAACAACAAUGCGCCUGCCUCCAGCAUGCCACCUGAGAAGAGCGUCGAGGAGAUGCGCAAGCUCUUCAUCAGCCGCGCCAAGCGUAUUGACACGGUGUCGCGGGUCGCCUUCCCACUCGUCUUCCUCAUUUUUAACAUUUUCUACUGGAUCAUUUACAAGAUCAUCCGCAGCGAGGAUAUUCACAAGCAGUAA